AUGCGUAUAAAGCCGAUAUAUUCACUUUCUAAUUUUUACUUUCUAAACUCCAGUCCUCUAGACCGAGAGGCCUGUGACACAUACUACCUGACCGUGGUUGCCAUCGACUCGCCGGUCAAUAGUCGUCCCUUGUCUGCAAGCAGUUUGGUAAUUGUCCAAGUGGUAGAUGAGAAUGACAACCAGCCCCGGCUUCUAGGAGCCCUCAGCGACUCUUCCUUCGUUUUCUCCCACUCCGUCUGGCGGCCUGGAGAGGAGAUGAAAAAUCCUACAACCACUUCCUGGACGACAGGCAUUGAGUACACAAGCAUUGACGCCCAGUCUCUCUCUUCCCGGCCACCGGUACCCCAUAAACCGCCUGCCAGUCUCCUCUACUCGGAUCCGCCCGUCGUACGACUCAUCUGCCUACGCGGAGUCGGCACAUUCCAGGCUACAUGGCAGAGGCCAUCGGCUUCGGGGACUGCAUCAACCAACGACCGGCCGAAUGUCUGCCGGGCCCGACUGAGAGCCGAGGAACCCGACAAAAUCGGGCCAUACCUUCUGCCACCACCGAUGGACGCCAGACUCGGGCAGCAUGUCGCCUUCCGGCUGGCUCCGGAGCUGUCGACGCCCAACUGGGAUACCUCACCAGACGGUUACAAGGCCUUCCGAUUGAACGCCACCACGGGUGAUCUGGUUUGGCUGACUAGCAACUGGCGAGACGUGACUGGCGGCGGCGGUGUGGAGCGCAUCUGGUAUAGAGUGGAGGAGGCCGAGUGCCUAUCGGAUGCCAGUGAAAGAGGAUGUUCUCCCGGAAUAACCGGUAUCUCUAUCUUUGAUAGCGCUUUUUCUGAGUGCUAUUCAUCAUUGUCUAAUAUACUCUUUAGUAUCGUAUUUAAUGACACAUUCCAGCCUCAUUAUCCCAGUUCUUCAUCCUGGAUCUUCGAUCAAGGCAGAGCUCUAUCUUCUUCUUGUGCUUGUUUAGUUACCAACAAAUUCUCUGAUUUACCUCUGGAGCCUUACCAUUAA